AUGUCACUUAAAAAAGUAUUGAUCGUAAAUAGAACUUUCCCAAAGGCUGGAUUAGAUUUGCUACAUAAUAAAUUCGAAGUGUCAGUGUUACCAUAUUUGGAUUACCAUCCAGAAAUGCUUCCGGAAGUGGAAAAGAAUAUUCAGGGCGUAGAUGCCCUUAUAUGGAAUACGAAACAUCGUCUGUCAAAGGAACUAUUAGAUUUAGCAGGUCCACAGUUAAAAGCAAUCACCACAAUGGCGUCAGGCGUAGAUCACAUAGAUGUUGACGAAGUGGCGAAACGGGGGAUUCCCCUCGGCAACACAUUGCAUAGUCUGGACAAUGCGGUAGCUGAUAUUACCGUAGGCCUGCUUUUGGGUGCUGCUAGAGGAUUUAAGGCUGGAAUUCGAGAGUUAGAGAGUGGAGAUUGGAAAUUUGGUGUCCAAUGGAGACUGGGGCAAGAUGUAGCUGGUAGUACAGUAGGGUUGGUAGGCUUAGGAGGAAUCGGUCAAGCUGUGGUGAGAAGGUUAAAGGGAUUCGAUGUAGCUAAGUUCAUUUAUAGCGGGCGGUCGGACAAGCCUGAAGCGAAAUCUCUUGGCGCUGAACGGGUUUCUUUAGACCAAUUACUGAGAGAAAGUGACUUUGUUAUCCUAUCUUGCCCUCUGACCGCUGAGACCAAGCACAUAAUAAAUGCUGAUAGCCUCAAACUGAUGAAGAGCACCUCUGUUCUCAUCAACAUUGGUAGGGGAGGUCUAGUGAACCAAGAAGCGCUGUAUAACGCUUUGAAAGAAGGACAUAUUUUUGCAGCGGGUCUAGAUGUUGUAACACCCGAACCAUUACCGAAGGACCAUCCACUUGUGACUUUACCAAAUUGCUUAAUAUUGCCUCACUUGGGCAGUGCUACACAUAAAACACGCGACAGUAUGGCAAUCACUUCAGCGCAAAACAUACUUCGCGCUUUGGAUGGAAAAUCUAUGGUUUAUCCAGUCUGCUAA